GAAUCAGGGACAUUUAUUUAUUUUCAGUUGGCGUAUUAUUUUGAAAUUGAAAACCGGAAGUCGUGCACGCUUCUCAGUGCAGUUUGACAGCACUGUGCAGAAGGCUCUCCCGGAACUCUGCAGCCGCAUCGGCUCUAAUUUCAAUAUCGGGGUUCGGUCCAACAUGGCGGCUUACGGAUGGAAAUACUGAUGACAGUCCGAAAGAUUGCCUCGAUUUGUACGAUGGGCGCCAAUGCCUCUGCCUUGGAAAAGGAGAUUGGACCGGAACAGUUUCCCGUUAAUGAACACUACUUUGGAUUAGUCAACUUUGGCAACACCUGCUACUGUAACUCAGUGCUGCAGGCUCUGUAUUUCUGUCGACCGUUCAGGGAGAAGGUGUUGGCGUACAAGGUGCAGCCGCGUCGUAAGGAGUCCCUCCUCACCUGUCUGUCCGACCUGUUCAACAGCAUUGCCACACAGAAGAAGAAAGUCGGAGUCAUCCCACCCAAGAAAUUCAUCUCACGACUGAGAAAAGAAAAUGAGCUGUUUGACAACUACAUGCAGCAGGACGCCCACGAAUUCCUCAACUACCUCCUCAACACCAUCGCAGACCUGCUGCAGGAGGAAAAGAGCCAGGAGCGACAGCAGAAUGGAAAACUGGUGCAAAAUGGAGGAGGAGGGACAGGAGGAGGAGGAGGAAGUGGAGGAGGAGGAAGUGAGGGAGGAGAAGGGGAAGGAGGAAAGGAGACACAACAGACUUGGGUCCAUGAGAUUUUCCAGGGAACACUGACCAACGAGACUCGCUGCCUCAACUGUGAAGCUGUGAGCAGUAAAGACGAGGACUUCCUGGAUCUGUCUGUGGAUGUGGAGCAGAACACUUCCAUCACUCACUGUCUCAGGGGCUUCAGCAACACAGAGACGUUAUGUAGUGAGUACAAAUACUACUGUGAGCAGUGUCGCAGCAAACAGGAAGCCCAGAAAAGGAUGAGGGUAAAGAAGCUGCCAAUGAUCCUGGCCCUCCACCUGAAGCGCUUUAAAUACAUGGACCAGCUGCACCGCUACACCAAACUGUCCUAUCGCGUCGUCUUCCCCCUGGAGCUCCGCCUCUUCAACACGUCCGGGGACGCCACCAACCCCGACCGCAUGUAUGACCUGGUGGCUGUGGUCGUACACUGUGGCAGUGGGCCCAACCGCGGACACUACAUCACCAUCGUCAAGAGCCACGGCUUCUGGCUGCUGUUCGAUGACGACAUUGUAGAGAAAAUCGACGCGCAGGCGAUCGAGGAGUUCUACGGUCUGACGUCGGACAUUUCCAAGAACUCUGAGUCAGGAUACAUCCUGUUCUACCAGUCCAGAGACUGAACCAGGCAGCGGUAAAUUCCCAACAGACUGUCACUCAACAGAGGGGAAAGCUCUUAUGGCUGCCACCGACUCCGCCCAGUAGGCCCGCAUAAGUGUCCGGGCUUUAUAUCCAGCAGGGGGAGCUUUGCACUGGAACGCCACUCGGAUCGGUUAAGACGUGCAGGUCGCAUGCCAGCCUCCUGGAUUACAACCGUUCAGAUCCUCUGAGCCCACGCUGCAAAAAGCACUUUAAAACAAACAAACAAGAUGGCUCAAUCUGUAACUUUCGCUUUGCACUGGGGCCACUGGGAAGACCGAGCAACACCAAUCCAAGAGGCUGACAUCGCCGUGUCCACCAUGAUCCCUUUUUGGAGGUUAAAGCCAGUUGGGACUGUUGAGAUGAUGUAGAGUAACCAAAUCAACUGUUUCAGAUGAGACACAGGAUUGCUAUCCUGCUUGUCCGUGACCACCAGUGUCAUCACAGUCUUCUUUAGCCUUUUUUUUGUGUUUAUAAUAUACUGUGCUAAAUUAGCUUCAGGCUAACACACAGGUACCAUGCGUUCACUCCCCAAAAAUCCUUCUGCAGACGGAGAAACUAAUAUCAGACGGCCUUGUUAAAAGCCCCACCUGCCAAAACCACUGACACAGCCUUUAGUGAUUGAAAAAUCUUCAACGUGUACUUGGAGCGCAGCUUGUUGAAGUUGCUAGUUUGCAGUGUUUGUAUCAUGAAGUGGUGCUAAUAACACAUAGUGUUACAGAGCGUGAAACGAAAACCAGCCACCAAAGAGAUGUGGAAUAAUCCAAAAGAGGCUCAUAAUGUUUUUUUUUUUACCAAGAAAUGAUCUUGUGUAUAAAAAAACAAGUACAAAUGGGAGAGGGAAAAAAAACACGAAAUGCAGUACAAAAAUACAAUUACAUUAAAAGAGGGGCUUUGCAGUUAAAGUCAGUUUGAUCAGUCUGGACAUUCUUCAGUGAAAAUUGACAAAAACAAUGAGCCUCACAGUUCACCAACGGUCCUGUUUCAGUUUUUAAAGGCUAGCUCGCAAACCAGUGCGUAAAAGUGGCUGGUAAAAGUUUUAGUUUUAAAGUAACUGGUGUGUCGUGCCAUGUUAUGGGUCAUGUUUUGUGCCACAGCGGUUAAAACGAUAAAUAUAAACUAACUUUUUUUUCAAGCGGGCUUUUCAUGGUUUUGACAGCAAGCACAGUCUCUCUAUGUUUUAUCAUUUUAUGACUAUAAAAUGCCAGAAUAUGCACAUUUGUACCUUUUUUUUUGUUUUUUGUUUUUAAAGGGACACAUUCAAAGACAAAUACUUUUUAUUUCUUAAGUUUACGCCCAAACUGUCACACUACGUACAGGUUGAAUGUCUGCCUUUUAGUGUUUUGUCCUUUUUGUUCCAUAUUAAUGCUUUAUUUCCCGGAGAACAGGAAACACCUCCAUACGUCUGCCGAUGCUGCAGCUGGUGCAGUGCACCUCAUUAUAUCAGCCACCAAUCACACACCGGCAAAUUCCCAUUCUGGCUUAAGCAUGUCUCCUGCAGCUGCAGCUCUGGCAGGCAGUCAGACCUUUUACAUAACCCGCUUUUCCCUCCAGAAUCUUAAAUUGGAGCUGUCAGUAAUGCUGAAACGGUUUACUCAUGUGGAGCUCUUCCACUGUCUGUUGAUGGCGUGGCAUAUUAAUGCAGCAUGACAAAAACUGCUGAGACACGAAAUGGAUUUCUCUCCUCCAGAUCUUUUAACCCUUCUAGUGUCCUUGGGUCAAAUUUGACCCGUUUUCAAAGUUUCUUUAUCAGUAAUGUGGCUAUCUUUCAAGCAAAUUGCACAAAAAUUACACAGGUGGUUCCUAUAGAAACACUCUUUGAGUAUAAUUAAUUAUCAGUUCCCUAAUUUCAUUUAAUUUGGGGUGUUUUAUUCAAUUUCAAGGAAAUAGUUUUAAAACAUGUAUCAGUCUGGGAUUCUCUCAACACACUGUAUGUCAAAAUAAUUCAUAUUUCUAGCAUUUUUUAAAACAAAAACAAUAGGUAUAAUUUCGUAUAAAUGAGGUUUAUUGGUCACGAAUAAGUGUAAAACUAAUACGUUGGUAUUAGUGGGGAAUCCGGUGGUAAUAAAAGGGUCUUUAUUUUUUAUCCCGGAGGACAACACAAGGAUUAAAAUGAAGCUCUAGCACAAAAUGAAAAGUUUCCAGAUGGUAACAACUUCUGAUUUGACGACACAUCUUAUUUUAACAAAUACAGAUGUGUAACAUUUGCACCUUCUCCAACGUGAGGCUGCUUUUCUCCGUCUCUUUUCAUUGUGAAUUCAAACAGCUUUUUCAAUUGUUGGUUAGACAGAAAUCUACAACUGAACGUCUCCCUCCGCUUUUUUUCUUAAAAAAUGUGUAGAAAAUAAAUCAAACUAGCAUUAGUGGCAUAAAUAAGCUACAUGUGAUCAGCUUGGAGAACUGGUAGUAUCUAUGAAAAAAUGUGCCACUUUACUUACGAUUAUUUCAGUAGAUGUAAUGGUAAUUACAGUUGGCAUCAAUAAUAACCAUCUUAGAUGUACAGACAUUCAAUCUUGAAAUGGUUGAAAGUCUAAAACGUCAGAAAUCAGUAAUAGGUACACAUCUCACCUUCUCGCAGAUGAAGGGGAUGUUUUCCAAGUUUGUGUUUUCUCCUACAAAGCAAAGAAUAUUCAAUUUACAAUGAUAUAAAAAAGAGAAAAAUACCACAUCCUCACAAAAUUGAGAAUCUAUAGCCUUUAAGUGUUUGCCAUCUUUACUGGAUAAGUAACUUUAAUUCUUAUCUGAUUAUCAAAAACAAUGGUGGAAUAUCAGUUAAUCGACCAAUCGUUUCAGCUCUGAUGGUUGCAAGGAAGAGUCAUAUUCAUGCUGAGAUGAAGUAGUGUAAUUAAUGCUUUCAAAUGGGUUUUCAUUUUUCUAAGGAAAGAAGAAACCGGAGCCAUUUUAAAGCCUUUACCUGUUAACUCGAGCUGACUGAUGGGCAACAACCUCCUUUACCACCUCCUGUUUUUUUUGGUAUAACACACAAACCAAACCAAACGCAUUUUUUUUUAGACUCUUUAAAGUAAGUUUUACACCACCAAGCUGUUCACCCAACUGGGCUGUCCGUGGUAACAAUCAAGCUCGCCCCAUCACUCUUUGUAAGAGAGCUGCAGCAGAUGGAAAGAGAAUGGAAACAUGGCCGUAGCCUUUAAAGGUGUUUAUGUUCUACAGUAGUUGAGUGGCCCGGGCAAUGGGUCAACUAUUACCUGAAUGUUAAAUGUACAGUAAAAUAAAAACAGUCCUGCUGCUGCUGCUUGACCUCUUAAACACCAUAUGGAGUUGGGCAUGUCUCAACAAUAGAAAGUUGCUCGCUCUCUCGUGCUAAAACAAGAAAAGCACUUUUACAACAUUCAUUUGUAACAAACUACUAUUAUUCUGAAAUUGUUUUCUUUCCUUUGGAGUCUUUUAUUUGGAUGAGCAAAAGUAAUGGUUGUCAGGGUAAUCUGUUGCCCCGAUUUAGUUUAUAUCCAAACUCAUAAUCAGUCCUAUUUUUAGUUUUGUUUGGCAAAAAAUUUUUACAAACCAGAACUGUCGUUAAAAUUCUUCAAGAAUGGCUACUUUUUUUACUUAUUUUUUCAAAAGCUUAAAGUCUAAAGGGGGGAGCCUUCGACGACAAAAAACUUUAUUUUAUUAAGGGGUUGGGCUUCGAAACCACUUUUUUUUCCCCUUUUGCUACCCAAAGCUUUGGGUUUUUUCUGCUCCCCAUGGAAUUUAAAGAUAGCAAAAUUUGUUGGUUCUCCACAUCACAAGCCUUUCGUUAUGCCUCAUGUUCGAAUUACGGGGGUUUUUGGGGGAUCCGCCCCCCCCCUAAGAUUUGGCCCUUUCCCCAAAAAAGAAAAUUAAAUUUUUGAGGUACUAAAAAAAAAAUUUUUGAUAAAUAUUUGGCUAUCCAAAUUGUAUGUUUAAAUUUUCAGUAUUACCCUACAUACCCAAUUGGGAAAUAAUCGGGAAAUACAAUAUAUAUAAAAUAAAAACUUUUCAAACCCCCCCCCUGAUUGGGCUGUACCAUUUCCAACUUAGCGACUUUGUUGCUUGAUUUAGCGACUUUUCACACUCCCUUAGCAACUUUUUUUCACAAAAGCGAAAUUCAACUAAUUUUCAUGAAAGGAAGAUGUUUUACAUGCUGUUAAAAUCUGUUUUGCAAUCAAUCCAUUUCCUUUCCAUCAAUUCUACAAUUUUUUAAAAGUCAGACAGCCUGGUUUACAGGUUAUAGCCAUGCCCCAACAAUUGUGGACUCUUAUAAGCUACCUUCAUGUGUUUUCCAAGUGAUGUGAUCAUAUUUUAAGCCUUUUAAUGAGUUUUCAUUAAUUCAUCUUAUAAAUCGACAAAAACAAGCACAACAGCGCAUUAUUUGGGGGAUACAAGUUCACAGUUUCAGUUCGAAGCUGGUUACAUAGCUGGUCUUUUGAUGAAAUGAAGUUCAUUGGCCUCUAAAACUGUAAAUGUGUCUGUAUUCAACAAGACUGGUUGAACAUUUUGGCUGAAACAAGGCUCUUUUUUUCAUUUAAAUACUAUAAAUACUAAUAUUAUGAAUGUCUUUUAUCUUUUUUUUUCUUAGAUGUUUCACUUGUUUUUGAUGUAUUUCACUAAUUUUAGUAGUCUACCAUUCAUGUGUAGGCAGCUCCGGAAAGCCUAUUUAAAGAUUUGUUUUGGUUCAGUUUGGGAGUGUGUAACGAGAGAUGUUGAUGUGUACAUAAAUACAGAUAUUAUUAUUGGAAUAUAAAUUGCUUGCUUGAAAUAAUCAGCAAACCUAUAUCAAAAAAUGUGGAUGUUAUGUCUCAAAAUACAUUUUGUUCUGGUAAUAAAUCAAUAUGCCUGGUGCUCAUUAAGUAACAAGCUCCACCGUUCUGGCAUCCCAGGCAGCCUAAACCAAACAGCCCCAAAGUUAAUGAGCUCAUAUUUAACCUGACCGGUCACACUAUAAUACACAGAAAAACUGACUACCUACUAUGAAGAAAACUAAAAGUACUCUAUACAAGAAACUGCUGUGGAGAGAGAAACUGACCAAAACUGCCCUGUGUGUAUCACUGUGUUAAAGGAAAAAUCCUAUUGGUUGGUUCUUCUUGUCUCUCAGCCUGUUUUAUAUAAUAUUUAAAGGUGUUUAGUUUACUUUUUUCUGUGAGUAACCAGUCAAAUGUAGAUGACUUGAUGGCACCUUGAAAAUUUUUGUUGAUAAUCACAAUGUUGAAGAGCAUUAAAAGACGACUAUAGCGGUUUCACUGAAACAUUUAUUCAAAAUUCUAAAUGUCUUCUAUAGAGUUUGAAAACCUUUUUAUUAUUUUUAAUUUAAAAAAAAAAAAAUGUCAACAGUGGUUCUAUUGUAACAGCUGAGUUCCAAUACUGCUACCACUUUUUUUUUUUGGAUAACUUUACUUGAGUCCUGAUAGGCCAAUAUUGGCUUAUUACAAAGGUAUUGGUAUUGCGUAUAAGUCCAAGCAAUACAUAACUGCAGUACAGAAAUGGCAGUGAUAUGUUGACAUGAGGUUAUUUCGAAAGUUGUUUCAGACCCACGGAAUUUAUUUUUCAUUAGUAAAAUGUUCCAGUCAAUACAUAAUCUUGCUAAGAGGCAAGAGAGAGACAAGCAAAUAUAUUGUCUCUAACAUUGAUAUUAGCCUUAAAUAUAAGUAUCGGUAAAGCUAAAUGACUUACUUAGGUUUUUUUUGGGUUUUUUUAAAAAAAUAAUUUCACAAAUAAGGUGGACAUUCUGAAGGGUCAUUGUAUAAUGAAAUUAACCUAUAUGAAUUAGUAAAGUCAUGACAUUUUGUCAAAAAAUACAAAAACGACUAUUAAUCGGACCAAGUGCUUGGUGUUGAGUUUCAGUAUGUACUGGAUUCAAAAAUCACAUUACUUAGAUCCAGGGCCCCACUCGUGCCACAUUAAACUGGUCAUUAACAUUGUGAUUAUUUACCUAAUCAGAGGCUUGUUGAUAUUGUUUCAAAUCAACAACCAUUUGUUGAUUUUAUUUAUGAUUUAAAGUAGAAUGUCGUCUGCAUAGAGUGAGAGCUUCUUUCUAGAGCUUACGCUAACAUUAACCAAACAAAUACCAAGGAGAUUCUCAUCUGAGAGAUUUCAUGUAGAUAUUAUGGGAAAGUAGAGGAGCUGGGUUGGGGGAAAUCGGAAAACACCAACCCUUUCUCACCAAAUCACUAAUUAAAUAAACUGACAAAGGCGGGGUGGAUAUUUCCUUUUAACAGUUUCAGUUCUGUCUUCUGAAAUAUCCCUUCAGGGCUUUGUACGUCCACAUUGCCCCCCCCCCUUUUCACUCAUGAAGAAUGUAAGUGUUUUGAACCCAGUAUGUAAUGGGCGUAACGUGACUCAGUGUGUCAUUAACACUGAUAGCGUACAUUGUAACUAGCUCAUGUGUUAAGAGACAGCAGCCUAACAGACAACAAACCUAAUUAUUUAUGUUAUUCCAAAUAAACUAAGGAUUAAAACAAUUCCACUCCUUCAGAAACGAUUAAAACUCCUGGGGCUUCUUAGUUUGCUACGAAGGGAUCUGAAGGACGAAGAAUUGGAUCCUUCUCUGGAGUUGUCCGGUGUUCGUGGGGGCUGCUGCCGCUGCUCAUGCUGCUGUCUGAAGUUCAUUCUGAAUUCAUGUAGAUGCAGUGAAGUUUGGGAAUGACAGCUGGUUCUAUUGGUGUCCAAACUGUUUGAAAUAAAACGCAAACUGGUUUUUAAGAUG